ACACACACACACACAACAACAACAACAGGCUGGAGCAGAUAUGGCUGCAUAUUGAGGGAGUUUUUCGUCAGCAUGAUCCAAAUCAUAUGCAGAUGCUCUGAACAUCUUCAGAACUUCUUACAGAAUGAUGAGGAACCUCAGGUGAUGUGGCCGUUGCUCCUGCAGGAUGUGUUGGGAAAUCUCAGAAUUACACAACUUUAGAGCACUACAUUGACAGAACGAAGGAAAGCCGUCUGACCACAACACAUUCUGUUCUUAUGAGGGAUACAUACAUACUGUCCACCCCAGUAUUCCCAACAUGACAAUCCGAAACGCUUUCGUGGUUCCUUGAAACGUUUCAGACUGCGGGCGAUCUGAAAGCAAGGGGAGUGUGGACAAGGCAAUGAAUGCAGUGAAGAGCACUAAAAACAGUCCCGAUCAGAACUCCAGAGCAGGUCCAGACCAUGACUCCAGCAACAGGAGGAAACCGGACCUCCAUACCUCUCCACACACCGAGCGUAAGAGCGUCCUGCAGUUGAGACUCCAGCAGAGAAGGACACGAGAGCAGCUCGCAGACCAGGGCAUCAUGCCUCCCUUGAAGAGUCCGGCUGCAUUCCAUGAACAGAGGAAAAGUCUUGAGAGAUCCAAGACUGGAGAUUACCUAAAGCAUAAAAUCAGAAGCCGACCAGAUAAAUCUGAGCUCAUCAACAUGCACAUUUUACAAGACACGGCCAGCGAGGGUCCUGCUCAAGACUCGCAGACGAAACUCAAGCGAGCCAGGCUUGCAGACAACCUGAACGAGAAAAUCGCUCUGAGACCGGGCCCACUGGAGCUUGUUGAGAAGAAUAUCAUUCCUGUCGAUUCCACUGUUAAAGAAGCAGCAAUAAAAGUGAACCAUGGGAAGUACCCCAAGCAGGAGGACUCGUAUGCUUUUGAGGAGGACAGCAGCAAUGAGAGUCUGUCCCCUGAACAGCCUCACAGUGAAGAGUCGCAGGGUUUCACUGAACCCCUCCCGGAGAACAAAACCAGCGGCUCGGCCUCCCCCACCAUAAACAGCACCAGCCAUGGGUCUCAGAACAAAGAUGUCACCACUCAAAACCAAGAGGACAAUGCACAUGCCACAAACAACCAGGCAUCUCCACCCAUUCCAGUCCCUGCUAUAGUCAAGCAGUCCAAAAUGUCCGACAAGAACCGCCACAAAAAGCCCAAAGAUAUCAAGCCCAAAGUGAAGAAGCUCAAGUACCACCAGUACAUCCCUCCGGACCAGAAGGCAGAAAAAUCUCCACCUCCACCAAUGGACUCCGCCUACGCUCGGCUCCUUCAACAACAGCAGCUCUUCCUGCAGCUGCAGAUCCUCAGCCAGCAGAAACACCAGCAGCACUCACAUUCCCAUCAGCACCAGUGUCCACAGAGCCAGAGCUUCAGUUACCAGCCCUUAAACCAGCACACACCAAACAAGCAAUCCAGUGAACAACAAACAUCAUGCAGUUCAAGUGUACCAACUAGCGGUGUAAACAGUAGCUCCUCAUCUCCUGUAAAGACCACCUACUGUAAUCCCACCCCCAUGACCUCAGUAAGGCCAGGACCAUUGCCUGCGAACCUGGAUGACUUAAAAGUGUCUGAGCUAAGGCAACAACUGAGAAUACGUGGCCUGCCUGUGUCUGGCACCAAAACGGCCCUAAUCGAGAGACUGCGGCCCUUUAAAGAUUCCAGCUCCAGUUCCCCGUCCAGCUCUGGAGACAUCAGCACUAUGACUUUCCCAGUGACCCCCACAGGAUCUCUGUCGUCCUACCAAUCCCCGGGAUCUUCAAGCGUCAUGUCUCAUGGUGGGGGUUAUUACCCGUUCUGCAGCACCAGCUCCACUCCACCCAUCUCACCAGCCUCUUCUGACCUCUCAGUCAGUGGCUCCCUGCCCGAUAGCUUCAGUGAUGUCACAAUGUCCUCCCCACAAUUUGGCCUACAGCCAUCACCAGCCCAACUGAGCACGGAUGAAGCCCAGAGCAUUUCAGGUGGCCUUGGAAUGGGUUGCCAGGCUGGUUUAGAGUCUCUAGGUAUAGAUGCUGAAAAGGACAAGAUGUUGGUGGAGAAGCAGAAAGUGAUUGAAGAACUCAUAUGGAAGCUGCACCAAGAGCAAAGACAAGUGGAGGAGCUGCGGAUGCAGCUCCACAAGAGGAAGCGUGGCCACUGCUUGCAAGACUGCCCUGCUCCACCACCAGGACACCCACCGCAACACAUGAUGCAUCUUCAGCCUCCAGCUCAGAUGCAACAGUUUUAUGAAGUGUCUGUUAAACAGGAACAUGUGGCUUCAAGCUGCCCUCUUUCAUCCAAACAGCUCAAAGGUUGCCCAAGCAAUAGCUGCUUGGAGAGGAUGGAUCACUGUGAUUUACACAGUAGUCCUCACUGCCUCGAGGUGCCUUCUUCUGGAAGUCCUCCUGGCCUCUCAGCAUUUCUGAGCCCUCAAUGUUCUCCUCAAGAUUCGCCCGUAACCAAAAACUCCAGCAGCCCCCAGCCCAACAGCCUGCCUUCAUCCCCCAGCCACCCAUACAUGCUGACCCCACCUCUGGGUAGAGACGGAUGCUCUCACUCAGUCCCUCGAAAUGGACCCAGAACGCAUAAUAUGCAGCUUCAGCAGAAAAAUAUUGGACAGUCGGUAAGCUGCGGAUAUGCAUCUGACCGAAGAAGCUUGCAGCCUAUAUACCAAAGCCCUGCGGAGAACAACUUAAACCACAGAGGGUUAUCCAAGGCCAAGAAUGCUAACAUGCAAAAAGAGGCAAUAUUGCACUCUGCCAGGCACGUUGAGCCAAAGUCUCCCACAUCCACCACUGCCUUCUGUAGUUCAGAUUCGUCUGCAUCCGACACUAAACAGCCCCCAUGCUAUGAGGAUGCUGUUAAACAGCAGAUGACCAGAAGCCAGCAGAUGGAUGAACUUCUAGACGUCCUUAUUGAGAGCGGAGAAAUGCCAGCUAACGCCAAAGACGAGAGGUCACCUGUAACCAAAGUUGUGCCUCACCUUACAGUUUCACCGAGCAGCGGCGCAACAUCCAUACCGAAGUUCCACAGACACUUCAGCCACACCUUCAUUCCCUACGACCACGUGGGAGGUCACGGGGACGGCCACUUGGAGGUGCUGCUGAGCCGGCAAGGAGACGCGGUGCUUUUAAAGAUGGGUGCUGAAGAUGGACACUUGGAGGAGGCGGGAGAAAGCUUCACCGUCCCGCAACACGACGAGAAGUUGCUUAUCAACCGUGAUAUGAUGGACACACCUUUAUCCCCAAUGGCAACCAAAGUCUCGCCGGUCGCUGCCGAGAACCAAGGGCUUUUUACGGAGUCACCGUGGGAAACGAUGGAAUGGUUGGACCUGACUCCACCCAGCUCGGCUACAGCGUUUAAUAGCAGCAUCCAUCCUCCUGGCCCGAGCAUCUUCAACACGGAAUUCCUCGACGUGACAGAUAUCAACUUGAACUCUGCAAUGGAUCUGCACUUAGAACACUGGUGAGCUGGAGCACACUCCUCCGACAGCAAGAUGACCAGCUAAUGUUUCAAUGCCAAAGCAUCACUUCGAAAAACAUCAUUUCAAAACCCAAAGAUCUCGACAUGCUGCAGAUGAUAUGAGAUUUUAUUCAUCUUUUUAGCUUUAGGAAUCUUUACUAGUUUGAAAGUAAGCAUUGGGGUUUUAAUAUUGUUUUAUCACGGUCCAUCAAAACUUGAAAAUCGUUUUGACUGGAUUCUGGGAAAGAAUGUUUUUAUUACUGGAAAAAAGAAAGAUCCUACAAAGCAAAUUGGAUUCAAGCAGGGAUGUCCAUACCAAAUUCAAAAGCAUUUUGUGAAAUCAUAUUGUAAAUAUUCCAUUGUACUGACAACAACGAAACCAAUUUGACGUUUUAUUUUGUAUGCACGUUUGUGGUGUGGGAAACACGUUCACGAACAUCAACCUAGUAUAUCACGUACUCUAUUGUGCUUUGUAAAUAUUCAUUCACACUUUGCACCUUGAGUAGUAGGGCUUAGUCCUAAAUGUCACACUUUUGCUUCUGCAUAUAUCUUUAUAAGCAUUUAUUUUUCUGUUAUCUCCAUUUAAUUGUUAAAUUUAUUUAGAGACCCGAAGCUUUUGGUUUUUGUGUUACUCUUGAGUUAAUGUGAGAGUAUAUUAUUCAUAUUCAGAAAGGAUAAACCAUUUGAUUCUUAAACUACAUGUGGUCUUCACAAUCACUGGAGAAAUAACUGUAAUUGAAUCAAAUUUUGUAUUUUCUAAAAUAAGAGUUGAACACUCAUUAGGGCAAAGAUUGAUUAUUUGAUCACUUCUUAUUCCAGCGUUUUCCAUUCUAAAAUACCUAAAGUCACUUAUGUUAUUUUAGACUCUUUUUUUAUUCCAUUAAUAGGUUUGAUAUAUUUUUUGCUCUUAAGAUUGUACUCUUCUGAUGUAUUUAUUUAAUUUUCAUUUCUUUAAAUUGGCAUAUUUAUACAAACAUAUUUAUGAGACAUUCCUUUUCAUAAAACAAAAGAACAAAAUUUAAGAGUAAACUUGCAAAUGGUUCACCAGUUUGAAAAUGGUUAACAAAACAGUAUCAGGAUCAAUUGAUAUUGAUGAUGUUACAUAAUUCCCAAACAUUUAUUAAUGUAUUGUACAUGCACUGAUAAUCCUUUGCUUUUGCUACAGUUGCUACUCUGAAACCAAAACAGAAAUUAUUUGAUUCAUGCUGUUUAUUCUUAAACUCAAAGUGUGAAAUAAUGAAUGUAAAAUGCCUGACAGAACUGUUCUCUUCUGCCAAUGUCAAUCAAGUCUCAAAAGAGAAGCAAUAAUGAUGGGUGAUCUAGAUUUUACCAGCACUUGUGAAAAGAAAAUCUAAUAUAUAGGCUAUUUUAACUUCAACUGUGAAAUAGGAUUACAUCAAAUGUGGUAAAUUUGGGACCUUAUUUUUUAAAAUGAUUAUUGAUUAGCAAAAACAUGAGUUUCUUUAUAAAUAACAUUAGCUGACCAGAAAAACUGUGAAUUUUUUCUUAGUCUCUAACAUUUCACUCAGCCUUCAGCUUCUGAGUUGUACAGAAUAUACUAUUUGUCCCAGGGAUGAGUGGGAUGGAUGCUAUAGUGCCUUCAGUAUACCUAAAUAUGACAUGAAUCUGACUUUUAACAAGGCUUUGACACAAAACAAUUUGGGUUAUAAUUACCCAAUUAUUAAGCAUUAAAGGGCAUUAUAGACCAUGAAUAAGUGCUAUAUUAUGCUCACUAUGACUCAGUAUUAAACGCAGUACUGUUUAUAAGUAUUAAUGACCAGCAUGUGUACUAUUAAAUCGAGAACAAUUUUAAUUUAAAUAUUUUAGGUUUAUAAUCAUGGUCCUAAAUAGUGAAAAUGUUUUGUAUUGCAUUGCAGUAUCAAUUUAUUAAGAAAAAAAAUCUGUUUUUUUAUCAGUCCAAAUGCUCAUUCUGCCACUUCAAUGAGCAGUCCAGUAGAACUUUGCUAACUUUCCAAUUCUAUUUUUUUAGAUUGUAAAAUAUCAUUCCACAACAGGUCUGCUGAUCUUGAUGCAGAAUAUCAACAGUGUUUCUAACAAAAUUACAGUAUUAUUGGUUUUCUCACAGGAAUUUGUAACUAGUUUACAAGAAUUCGUAUAAGCGUAUAAUAAAAAUGUAUGAUUACUAGAAAAAACCUCAUACUGAAGCCACUUCCCUAACCUCACCCCCAAACUUAACGUCAAUGGUGCGAAUGCAAAUCUUAAACGUGCGAAUGACAUUGUAUGAUUUCAUACAACUUAGCCACCUCGUAAAAUAGUUACGCAUUGCCAUGAGAUUGUGUUGGUUUUUGUCUUGUUUCUUAAUUUCUCUUGGGGAGAACUAUAUACAAUCGACAAAAAGCUUUUGUGUUGCUUGGCCACUAAACAACUUUACAAUGUAAACUGUCCCAAUACUUGUCUACACCGCUAUAUUAGUUACAAGAGUUCAAUAAACAACAUAAAACCAACCUUGACUCCAUCAGUCUUGUCCACUUUUGUAAAAAAAAAAUGCAUCACCCAGUUACUGUACCAGGUGUUCUAAUGAAUUACUGUUCACAAAGACUGUUAUUAAAAUGAAAAUGCAUUUUAUUAUCCAAAGCGUCUAACAAAUGAGGUAAACAAUGGAAGCAAUUGGAACAACAUAAGGACAACAAAAAUCAUAAGCGCAGUAAACCUGGUCUCAUAUAGUCUACCACAGUAUACAAAGCUAAGGUUUUUUUUAAGGAUAGAAAGAGCAGAAAAGAAAUAGAAGUCAGAAUUAAUCGGACGGAAGAGAUGUGUUUUCAGCCGAUUCUUAAAAAUGGAUACAGAAUCUGCUGAUCUUGUAGCAGCAGGCAGGUCAUUCCACAAAUGCGGAACAGAUGCAGAGAAGGUACUUGAGAGUGAUUUUUUCCCUUUUUGGGAUGGCACUACAAGACAUUGUUCAUUUGCAGAGCAUAGGGAUCUGGCGGGUACACAAGUCUGUAUUAGUGAGUGAAGAUAUGGGGGUGCCGAACCAGUGGUGGUCUUGUAGGCCAGGAGCAGAGCUUUGAAUUUGAUGCGAGCGACUAUAGGGAGCCAAUGUACUGUAACUUAAUGAAGAGAGGAGUGACGUGUGCUCUCUUCGGUUCAUUGAAGACCACUCUUGCCGCUGCAUUCUGGAUCAUCUGCAGAGGUUUGGUUGUGCAAGCUGGAAGUCCAGCCAGUAGCACAUUGCAACAGUCCAGCCUGGACAGAACAAGAGCCUGGACUAGGACUUGCCCCAGUAGCAUGUAGCAUGCCCCAACAGGAAAGGUCUAAUUUUCCUAAUGUUGUAGAGGAUGAAUCUACAGGCCCGGCUGGUGCUGGCAACGUGAUCCGUGAAGUGUAGCUGAUCAUCGAUUACCACUCCCAAGUUUCUGGCCGUUCUGCAAGAAUCUAUGCAUCGACCGGGAUUACAAGCAGUUCUGUUUUUGCAAGGUUCAGCUGCAGGUGAUGGUCCUUCAUCCAGACCGAAAUGUCACUCAGGCAUGCUGAAAUGCAUGCAGAAACAGUCGGUGUGAAAUGACAGAUGGAGUUGUGUAUCAUCCGCAGAGCAGUGAUAGGAAAAGCCAUGUUUCCUAAUGACAGAACCUAGGGAUGUCAUGUAUACAGAAAAGAGCAACAGUCCAAGCACUAAACACUGAGCCCUGAGGCACACCUGUAUUGAGAUCUUGGGACUCACAAGACCUCAUUGAAAACCAGACUGGUUGCUGUCCACGAGGUUGUUCUGUGUGAGUAAGGAGGAGAUGUGGUUAAAUACAACACGCUCAAGAGUUUUGGCAAUGAAGGGAAGGAGAGAUACCGGUCUGUAGUUAUCAGUUACAGUGGGUUUCUUCAGUAGCGGGGUAAUACAGGCCUCUUUGAAGACUGUGGGAAAUGUACCAGUGGUGAGAGCCGAGUUGACAAUGUGGGUCGAGCAGGAACAACCGCUGGAGAGAUGGCCUGGAGGAGAUGGAUGGGAUCUAGUGGGCAGGUAGUCGGGUGCUUAGAAGAAAUUACCUUAAAAAGUCAGCUUCAGAUAGAGGAGAAAGAGGGGAGCGAGCAUUUGUUGGGGGUUUGGGCAUGUUCAAGAGGCGGCGGCGCAGAGAGCCGCUGAUGGUGGUCGUUUUCUUUAGGAAGAAAGAUGCAAAAUCAUCAGCUGUUAAGUCCGAUGGAGUUGAGGGGGCAGGCGGGCAAAGAAGAGCAGAGGAGGUUUUAAAGAGAGUACAAGAGUCAGGCGAGUUGUUGAUUUUAGUGUGGUAGUACCGAGUUUUCGCAGAGGACACAUCAGCAGAGAAAUAAGAGAGCAGCGACUGAUAGAGAUAGAGGUCAGUAGGAUCUUUAGAUUUGAGCCACUUUCUCUCAGCAGACCUGAGCGUGGCGCGAUGCUCACAGAGAACUUCAGAUAACCAGGGGGAAGGGGAUGCACGGGCUGGCCUAGAUGUAAGAGGGCAUAAGCUGUCUAAGCAGGAUGUUAGUGUGGAGAAAAGAGUGUCGGUGGGGGUGAUCUGAGAGUGGAGCAGUAGCAAGUGUAGUUAAGAUUCACUAGUUAAGUGAAAUUGUUGAUCAUUAGACACUCACCUGUUGAUAAAUAAAUGGCAUAUAUUGAUGAGCUAACAUGUGAACUAUAUUUAAGUUUUUCUGACACUUAAAAAAACUCGCUCAACAACACUAUCGUGCCAUAUAAGUGUACAAUCAAACCAUUUUUCCACAAAAUGAUAACCGCUGCAGAUCUCUUAAAAUAAGUGAUCUAUCAGUGAAUUAUCAUUUGAGGGUUGGGUCAGAGCUCCAGACGCAUUCCAUCCAUGCAUGCCAAAUCCAACCAUAACAUGCUCAAAGGUCAAGCUUUCUGAGAAAUCUGUGAAACAAUGCAGAAUCCUCCAUUCUACAAUUUGACAAUGUUGUCAGGGAAAAAAGUCUCUAUAAAUACACAUUUACAGUGGAUGAGAAGUGCCCUGCAUAUCUACACUGUAAAACUUUGCUGUAAUUUUGCAGCAGGUUUGCCAGCAACUUACUGUAGAUUUAAUUUACUAUUUUGUUUUAGUGAAAGUGACCUAUUAGUCAGAUAUGUUGACCCAAAAUGUGACCUCUGCAUUUAACCCAUCCAGAGAGUAGUGAACACACGAACAGCAAGUCGUGAGCACAUGUACACCCGGAGCAGUGGGCAGCUAUCACUGCGGCGCCCGGGGAGCAGGUGGGGGUGCCCGGGCUCAAGGGCACCUCAGUCGUUGCCCGCUGGCCCUGGGAUUCGAACCAGCAACCUUCUGGUCACAAGUCCGACUCUCUAACCAUUAGGCCACGACUGCCCCUUUUAAACAACUUUUAAACAUUUUUUUAAACAUAAACUUACCUAGUUCUUAUAUUUUAUUUCAUAAAACAAGACUAAAUAUCUCAGGUCACUUUUUUGUUAUGUAAAUGUAUCGUAACUUAAGGUGUUUAAAAUAUUUUUGCUAGAAAACAAAACUGCUCAGGAAGAAUGUAAUUUUUUGCAGUCUAAUGCCAGUAAUGAGACCAGUCUCUUUUUGUUCAUUUUGAAUCUCAAAAGUGUUUUAAUUUUGAUUAAAAUAAAGUUGAACUCAAAUGAAAAACAGUACUAAUAGGAAAACAUUAAGUAGUAAUCAAAUCUACUUUACAUUACUUGCAAACCUGCUGCAAGACUACAGCAACGUUUUAAAGUGUUGCAUUCAGUACACAAGACACAUUUCUCUUAGAGUAAAAA